AUGGAAGUUGAUACAAGCAGACAUUCUGUACGAAGUGUUGCCAAACUUCGAGACAGUAAAGAGUUGAAAUAUGUUAUGCAGGAAAUUGAAACAUUCUCUAUUAUGAAACGAAAAGAAGGUGUUUCUGGACCAGUGGAAGCAGACCCAGAAUAUAAAUUAAUUGUUGAAGCUAACAACAUGACAGUAGAAAUUGAUACAGAAAUCAAUGUGAUUCACAAAUUCACCCGGGAUCAUUAUGCAAAACGUUUUCCAGAAUUAGAAUCAUUAGUUCCAACCCCAAUGGAAUAUGUUAGUACUGUCAAGGAAUUAGGCAAUAAUAUCCUUGAAAAAUCAAAAAGUAAUGAAGUUUUGCAGGAAAUUCUGACACCAGCUACAAUUAUGGUUGUUAGUGUAACGGCAUCUACAACCCAAGGGACAGAAUUGACAGCAGAAGAAAUGGACAGAGUUAUAGAAGCUUGUAAUAUGGCAAUUGACUUAAGUGAAUACAAACAGAAAAUCUUCAAUUAUGUUGAAUCCAGAAUGAGUUUUAUUGCACCUAAUCUCUCUAUUAUUGUUGGGGCUUCAAUUGCUGCUAAAUUAAUGGGUGUAGCAGGAGGCCUAACCAACCUAUCCAAAAUGCCUGCCUGCAACUUGUUAGUACUUGGAGCUCAAAAAAAAACUCUAUCUGGAUUUUCUACUGCUGCCAUUAUGCCUCACACAGGUUUUAUUUACCAAUGUGAAAUCUGCACCAAAACUCCACCAGAUCUAAGGAAGACAGCAGCUAAAUUUGUGGCUGCCAAAAGUACAUUGGCAGCUCGAGUGGAUAGCUUUCAUGAAAGCCAGGAUGGUCAUGUGGGAGAUUCAUUAAAGGCUGAGAUUGAACAGAAGUUGGACAAAUUGCUUGAACCUCACAAGCACAAACAUGUUAAACCACUUCCUGCCCCAAUUGAUCCUCCUCGAAAGAAAAGAGGUGGUCGCAGAGCCAGGAAAAUGAAAGAGCGUCUUGGACUAACUGAAAUCAGAAAGUUAGGAAAUAGAAUGAAUUUUGGAGAAAUUGAAGAAGAUGCUUAUCAAGAAGAUCUUGGGUUCUCAUUGGGAAAUAUAAAGAAAUCUAAAUCUGGUCGAGUGCGAGGACCAGUUGUGGACUCUAAGACAAAAGCAAGAAUAUCAAAGACACUUCAGCAAAAACUUCAAAAGCAGAACCAAGUAUGGGGUGGAAGUACAACAGUAAAACGUCAGAUUGCAGGAACUGCUUCAAGUGUUGCAUUCACACCUUUACAGGGUUUGGAAAUAGUAAAUCCACAGGCAGCUGAAAAGAAAUUGAUGGAAGCAAACCAGAAAUAUUUCUCCAGCACAUCUGCAUUCAUCAAAUUAUCAAAAUGA